GCGUUUCUAUGAACAAAGUGUAAGACUGCAAGGUCCUGGACGUUUUAAUUUUGGAAGGAAAUGCGUGCUGUGGUGCAUAUUUAAUGGUUUAUACAACUGAAAACUGCACGGCUUUGUAGGGCAGCCUGUAGCGCUCCUAUUCCAUGGCCGGAAGGUGGUUUAAAGGCUUCUUUGCUUUGCUAGCGCCGGUUAGCAUUGUGUUAGGGUUUUGCUAUUCAGAGCUUCAGAAUCAGCUGUAGCAUCAGUGCACUGGGGAGAGGUGGAGUCUGUUCAUUAGCACAGUGUCGCGACUAAAAAUGGAAGUAAAUGUAGCGGUUUUGCGUUUCCGAGCGUUAGACUAAAUAAACAUGGAAGGUUUGAGCUCCAGCUCUGCAACAUGUGAGAAGUGCAGAAGCCUAAAGGGUUUUUACAAGACGAGUAUGUUGCAAUGACGUUUCUCCAGUAGGCGUGUUUUGAAAGUGGGAGUGCUCUUGAAGCCUUUACGGGACGCAGACGGGCUGUUAAGAAGAAGGAAACCUUCGUAGGAGCGAAGAGGCAGACGCCAGCGGCGACCCUCACAGCACCACUCACAGUCUGCUGUUCCGCUCCUUUUAACCCCCUUCCUCUUCCUCCUCCAGCAUCUCCAUCUUCACAAUGUCGAGCGGCGGGGACGUCGGCGUGCUUCGCCAGGAGGAGAGUGCGAGGAUGCCGGCCUGGAAGCGGGAGCUGCUGGAGCGGAGGAAGGCGAAGGGCGGCGAGGCGACGGCGAGAAGCGGCUCGAAGAGUGAGGACGAGGCCACGGGCACUGAGACAAGGCAUCACGGCGCGUCCCCGGCCACGUCUCCGGUGAAAACAAAAGAGCCGUGGUCGUCGCCGCCGUCCCCCUCCCAUACCAAUGGCCGGGCGACGGAGACGGAUGACGAUGACGGCGGCGGCGGUGGUCUGCCAGAGAGCCUCGUGCUGCGAGAGAGUCUGGGACCGCUGCAGGAGAACCCGUUCAUCAAGCUGGAGAAAGAGCGCAAGAAGCGACGGGAGAGAGAGAACGCCGCCCGUCCGCUGCACCACGUCCUGGAGCUAUAUGGCAGCGUCCCGGGCAUCCGGACCAUCCGCGCUGAAAACAUCAUUAUCAUCGAGUCUGACCCGGACUACUUUCCGGAGGGCGCAGGGUUAAAGCACAGGGCGAAGCCGCAACAGAACGGCACAGUGAGCGGCUACAGCUCUCUGAAUGACUUGCUGGACCGGAGGAGUAGUCCAGUAACGGAGAUCCGCGCGAGAGAGGUGGUCGUUUACGACACGGCACUCAGCAGGAGCGAGGAGAACCUGAGCACGCUGGGACGUCCAGCGGGUGACUUGGCCGAGCUGACUGAAGGACAGGGAAGGGUGAGUCGCAUGCUUCAGAAGUUCGAUAGGAAUUAUGGCAAGCUACAAGGGAAAUCCCGGAGCUCGGAGAACCUUCUCGACCUGGACACCGGACCGUCCCGGUUUAGUCCCCGGCCUAAGGCUCAGCCGGACUUUGUGCCAAAGUAUGCAGCGAGUCCGCAGCCAAGCUCACCUGUUCGUGUAUCACAGAGCCAGGUAGUGGCGGAAAAAGUCUUCCAGAACAGCCAGUCUUCCAAAACAAAGCUGCACGACUCACCUGGUGAGUCAGCCAGUAGCACUCCAGUCUCGGGAUCUCCACAGCUAGUGUCUUCCUUCCGGCGCCGUUUUGAGGCAAGCGGGGGCCGUAGCGUUACAGUCAACCCCAGAGAGGAGGCAGAGAGGUCCCAAGCCAAGCCAGUGUGGGAGUGGGAUGGCAUGGAUGGGGCCUCCAAAGCCAAGGUGCCAUGCUCUCCAGAGAGCCACCAUGCCCAUGCCGAGUCGUCCCCGAGCCCUGUUGCCAUCACUGAGCUGAUCACAUCACCCAGCUUUGAGAUCCGCCCAUCCCCUCGGCCAGAUUUGUCCUCCCUGCCUGCUAGUGAUCUGCAGGCUCGUGCUCUCGCCAACCUCCGCCUCCAGUCUCGCAAUUCCUUCACGGUCAUCCCUAAGCGUCCUGGGUCUGCCCCAGUGCCCUCCAGUCCCGUCGCUCCUCUGGCGCCCUCCAGUCCCUUCGCUCCUCUGGCGCCCUCCAGUCCCGUCGCUCCUCUGGCGCCCUCCAGUCCCGUCGCUCCUCUGGCGCCCUCCAGUCCCGUCGCUCCUCUGGCGCCCUCCAGUCCCGUCGCGCCUCUGGCACCGUCCAGUCCCGUUGCAUCUCUGGCACCGUCCAGUCCCGUUGUGUCUCUGGCGCCCUCCAGCCCUGUCCUAUCUGUGGCACCAUCCAGUCCUAUCUUGUCUCCGGUGCCAACAGUGCCAACCUCUGCUUCACCAACACCCUUGCCGGCUGCUCUGUCCACAGAAAAGCUAGCAAAGACCCCAAGACCGUUAUCGCCAGCCAAAGUGGAACUUCCUCAGCCUGCUUCACCCCGGCUGAGCUUAACCAACCUGUCUCACAAUUCCACAACACCCUCACCUGAUUCUCCCACAAAAUCUGUGUCACUUCCUGCGCCACAGGAGGCCCAAGCUCCUGAUAGGCUGCCCAUCACCAACAUUGAUGACGUAGUGGUGGAUCCCUUACCGCCAUUCCCCAGCCCCAUGGUGCAGAGGAGGAAGGGCAACACAUUUACGGUCGUCCCAAAGCGCAGAUCUGAGCCCCAGCUUGCCUCAACCGAAGCCCAGGAACCUGCCUCAACGCCCCAGGGUUCUCCAUCCACCCCGCAGGCGCCCUAUGCUCAGCUGGGCACCCUGCUUAAAAAGCGCUACCCAGCAGUAGAGGAAAUUGAGGUCAUUGGGGGCUACCUCUCUCUGGGCAGGUCCUGCCUGUCCAAAACUGGCUCCACAGGAAAGAAGUUGACGAUCUCCUUCAACGAGUCUAGCCUGCAAAGCACUUUUGAGUACCCGUCUGAGAGCAGCGCCUGGGACAGCGGAGAGGAGGAGGAAGAGGGAGGAAGAGCAGGAGACAGAGGAGGAGAGGAAGACGGAGGAAUAAGCAUGGACAGGAUCCGCAUUCCCCGGCCCACCUACACCUCCAGUCCCACCAACCAUACCCCCAACAGCACUGAUCUAUCCAACUACACUCCAAAGCAUUCCGUAGAGUUUACUGCCUGGCAGGAACACAAACUUGAUGACCCUGUGCACCUUGGAGACGGCAGUUCCCAGCAGACCAACAUGUCAGAGGAAGUCAUGUUGACACCAGCGGACAGCUCCUCCCUCUCGGACUUCAGCAGUGAACCAGCUCUCUACUUCUGAACUUUGCAGCAAAACCGGAGCCACAAGGGACCGACCAGCAGCCUAACUGGCCUAGACACACAGACACAUGCACACACAUAAGAAAGGAACCAGUAGCAUCCACCCAAGAAUUGGUGGAAUUCUUAACUCAAGUCUUUCCAUUUCAUCUCUGCUGUCAGUGGAAAAACCCGAAGCAGCUGAGGUAGUCUCCUCACCCAUCCUGUAAAGCCCAUCUGUUGCUCUUAUGACUGUCUGUCUUCAUGUGCUUUAAACUAACUGUCUGACUGACACGGUUUACAGGCUUGAAUGUUGCCAUGCUGGGUUUCUUUAUAUCUCCAUCUCUCAUACUGUCUCCAUCUCUGUGUAAAACUGCUCACCUCAUGAAAGUGACCAAAUUCCUCAAACAUAGAGGAGGAUGCUUGGACUCGUUGAAUGUAAAUAAAGGAAUGGACAGAGGAAAGGACAGUAUUUAAAAAAAAAAAAAAUCUGACAAGAGACGGUAGACUUAGAAGACAUAACUAGUGAAAGGGUGCCACAAUUCUUGUUCUUCGUGAUUUUUUUUUUUCCUUUUUGUAUGUGCAUGUGCAUCAACAAGGCUCCCAAACAGUAUACUUGCACCACUUUUACAUGUGUAUGUUUCAUGUUUUCUCAGUCUAUGUUGAGUCCAAUGUGGUGGACAUAAAUUUGAAGCUCAUAUCAAAUGGCCUCCCUGAUCUGGUUUGCUCAUUUGGAACAGUAAAACCUGUCCGCAGUUAUGAGGCACAUUUGUGGAGAACAACUACACCAGCGUUCGAGUAACUCUCAUAGGAUAUGUCACAGAUCAAGAAAACAAAGAGCGGCAAAACUGAUGUUCUCAGUGGGGCGUUUAACACUGCAUAAGCAGGCCUGCUAUACAUUCAUAACACUUUUUGAACAUCACACAUCACAUUUGUCAGUGGAGUCAUACAUAUGCUGUAUGUCCAAACAUAUUCAGACAUACCUUCUAAAUAGUGAAUAUAGCUACAUUAAGCUGUCAUAGGCAGUAAUAGAUAGAUCAGUAAUCUCUAUAGAAAGGCAUUGCAAACAGAACGGAACACUCUGGAGCCGUAUGUGAGCUUAAGGUCACUGGUCAUUAUGCAUAAUACUAAGCAUCAGCAAGAGGGUCAUAAAGCCCCCCAGCAUUGGAGCAGAAGAAAUGCAUUCACUGCAGUGAUGGAGCACCAUCCAAUACCUUUUGGAGUGGCAUUUGUGAUCCAUAACUAAUCAAAAAUCAAAGCCUGAUUUUACUAAUGUUCUUGUUAGUGUUCAGAUCCUCACAGCAAUGUUCCAGCAUCUAGUGUAAAGCCUUCCCAGAAGAGUAGAGGCUGUUACUGCAGUUACUGUUACUGGAAGGCAAUCUCCUUAUUAAUACCGUUCAUUUUAGAAGAAAUAUUGGAUAAGCAGGUGUCUACAAAUUAUUGAUCAUAUACAGCCAGUUUCCUGUGCAUGCAUUAAGUCUAGUCUUGGACUAAAGACUAAUGCCAAUGGUGAUUUCAGUGAUGAAAAAUGCUUUAAUGAAAAAGCCUAGGUUUAGGCUUAAGCUGGGUAUGGAACUGGCUCAUAGUGUAUUUAGGUAAAGGCUGUCUUGAAGUUGAUAUCACAUGAACCUAGAAUAGUGAUGGUGUUAUAGAGGCAUAAUAGCAGGUCAGUUUAAGUAGUUUCUGUUUUGUUUUUGAAUUGGACCAAACUAUCAAUAGACCACUUGUUUUUGCUUUGCUUGUGACUGCUUCUUCUGGACUUCUUUCACAUUCCAGUAAGCACAGAAAUGAGUGGUCCAUUUUUUGCUAUGAAGGAAACAUUCAUUAAUUAGAAUGUAUGUGUGCACGUGUGUAUGUAUGUAUGUAAGGACACACACAAUGCCAACUGACCCCAGUAACUAUGUGUGUGUUUGUUUUAUGUCUGUUAAUUGCAGUGACAGGCACUGCAUGUCUGAUGAUUGAUCUCUAUAUGCGCUUCUUUGGCCAGUAUUGAUGUAUAGUUUCUACACUCUGGGAGGAUGUUUUUCAUAAUUUAUUACACAGAUACUUUUUUAUUACUUCUUUUUUCAUAUCUUCAUGGGAAUUUAGUGAGAAAUCCUGCAAGUCAACUGGAGCACUAAGGUGCUUUUUCCCUCAAUUGUUUUACUUUUCAAUUGCACUGUUUUGUUUGUUUUUGCUUUAUUUUGCACCUCAUAUAGACUUGCUUGAAAGCUGGAAUUUUCAGCUGAGAUUGUUAGGGAAGACAUCCUGUAGCACUCUCAUGGAUGAACUGACACUUUGAGGAGUUACAACCCGAGUUGAAUAUUUCACUGUCUCAUAGUUCAUCAUUUGACCACACUAUCCUGGGUACAGCCAGUGUGAACACAACAAACCAAGUCCUCUAACUUGCUCCAGUUUACGUCAUACAUUCAAUACUGUGCAAAAGUCAGAGACCACCCAUCAUUUAAUUUCCAGCCAAACCAGAUAUAAGUUCCAUGUCAGAAGAAAUGUAUAUUUGACAAAUUACAGAGAAGUGUAAACAACUAAAUCUAAGAUUUUAUUUCAGUGUUUAAUGUGCCCACCGUUUGCCUUCAUUAUCGCUCUUAAUUCUUUUUUGGAGAAAUGCGUUGUUUUUUUUUUUUUUAAGAAAUUGGCAGGGAUACUUUUCCCACAUCAGUCUUAGAAGUUAGUUGCAUUUUCUGCUUCACACUCCAAGCAUUCCAAAAAAAAACAUUCAAAUGAUGUUGAGGUCUGAGCCCUGAAGUCCAUCAUUCUGAAAACAGUCACUCCUUGUUUGAUUUGCUUUCCUUUUUCCUUUUCUCAGUAAUAGCUUUUUUCAUAUCUGAAGAAAGAAAGGGCUUUGUGUUUCUCCUCAAUACUGUUUGCCUGAUGGCAACAGUUUUGGUGCUCUACCAAGGUUUGCAUUGUUGUUGGGAGUCCAAUUUUCUCUAGAUCUUUUAAUGACUUUUUUGCAACAACCAUUUGGGGAAACUCCAGUUUUUCACUCAUUUUUUUUUCUUUAACUUUCCCCUUCCUUAUGAAACAUCUGAAAAAUGAAUGUGUUCUUACUGGAGUUUUUGAAAAUUGAAAGAAGAGUGGUCUCUGAAUUUUGGACAGUACUGUAGGUUUGUUAACAAGUUUUCCAUAGCUCUAUGAUAUUUGCUAGAUAUUUCAUCCCAUGAAGAACAAACUGGUGAUUAGGCAACUAAAUGGUGUUUGAGAUGUUCUAUAACAUUAGAUAGCUUGAAGCUCUUCAAAGACAAAGGACAGGAACUUGUGCCUUUGAAGUAAAAGGCAUUUUAAUGCACUUCUGGUUCAAAAGUGCUUCUUGAAAAAUGUCCAUCCGUUGUCUGCUCAGCCCCAUACUGCUUAUUUCCACAGAGGACACAGCUAGCUAUAUUUGUACUGUAUGUUAAAGCCUUUCUUUUCUUGUUAUUUCUGUCGCUGGCGUCAAGAGAAAUCUUGUGUACAAUUUGUAUGUUGUUGAUUUCAGAGAAGGAAAAAAAACUGUCCUAAACAUGCAAAUGAAAAUGUUCAAUAAACUGAAGGCAGUUAUGAGA